AAUGGUGGAUUUUUUAGAUCUAAAGUUAAUUCGGAAUGGGAAUCAAAUCACAACCUCUCUGCAUCGUAAAGAGACAGCAACAAAUAAUGUGUUACAUUUUGGAAGUUUUCAUCCAGGACAUACCCGUAGAGGGAUACCCACAGGUCAAUUUUUAAGGUUGAGAUGUAAUUGUUCGCAAAUGGAGGAUUUUAAAAAACAUGCAAGGGAUCUAACUGAGCGCCUAAGAGUGAGAGGCUAUCCUAGAAAGGUUAUUUCAAAAGCUUUCCAAAAAGCGUUACAUUCUGAGAGAAAUGAUUUGCUGAAACCGAGAAUACGAUUGGAGGAUACAUCUUUACGUCUUAUCACACCGUACAAUAACCGGUGGAAUCAGAUACGACAAUUGUUAUAUCAACAUUGGACUAUUUUGAAAUCUGAUUUGAAGUUAAACUCCCUAAUACCAUCUACUCCAUUGUUGACGGCAAAACGGUCUCGGAACCUAAAGGAUAUCUUGACACAGAGCCUCUUCACUAGACCGAGAGGAAAGAGGAACAAAAGGCAGGAAUAUAUUGGUUCAUUCCCAUGUGGUCUAUGUGGGCCAGACGACACAGGAAUUGAGGAAACAAAUCCAGAAAAACUUUUCUACGAUCUCCUUAGCUGACAGAGAUUUUAGAAGUGAAAGGACUCUGACAUCGGUGGCAGCCCAUUAUAGGAGAUAUCAUGCAGUUUCUGACCGUAAUUGGACCAUUGAGGGAUUAUUUGUCAAGUUACUACUAUACAAGGGGGAUAUUUCAACAUCGUUAAAAUUAUGAUUGAAACUGCAAUACAAAAAAAAGGAUUCAAGAAAUUUUCUGAUUCAAGUGGAAUUUACUUACC